AUGACAACCAAACAACGUCGCCGCGGCGCGAAGUCGCUCCUUGACUUGCCUGGAGAGCUACGCAACGUGAUCUACGAGCACUUCAUCGAUAUCAACACAUGCGCGUGUGACACCAACGCCAUCAACCUACUGUGGGUCAACCGGCAAAUCCGCGCCGAGUUCAGAUCAUCGUACUUCAGUCAGGGCAAUGCCAAAGUUUACCUCGACGGCAUCGCAAGCUUCCUACGCGCCUUCAUCCAGAUCCCUUCUACAACCUUGAUGCUUGACGACGUUGCUUGCAAGAUUCGCGUGGAGCUCCGUGGCAGGCAAAUAGAUUACAAAAAUUGGCAAAUCGACCUGGUGGACGUCAUCUUGAUCAUGCGACAGUAUCCUCUGCUCAGCAUCAAAUGGAACUUGAUCCCGCCUGGCCACUCCGAGACCCACAGUGACUUAGGUUUAGCUGAAUAUGUGUCCAUUCUGAAGGAUAUGGACGAUCACGAGUUUGCGAAGUUGUCUUCCAUCUGGCUUCUUAUUCAUGAUGGGCCAUUGGGCGGAGACAUUUACACCUUUCUGGAACGUGGUUGUACGGAACAAGAUACCGAUGAUAUCCAGCUCAAGAUUGGGGGAAUUAAGGACCAUAGUGGCGGAACGCCGUUCCUUGACAGGUUGUCUGGUGAACUGCGCAACGCCGUCUACAAGUACUUCAUCGACCUCGACCCAUCUCUUGACGAGAGCAUCCAGUUCCUCCAAGUCAAUCGGCAGAUCCGCUCCGAAUUCGGGUCACUAUACCUGAGUCAGGGCAACGCUAUAGUACCUCUUGACUGCCUCAUACCCUUCCUGCGCGACACCUUCCAGCCUAUCGCUAGCCAGAGACCAAAGGACUUCACUUGCAGCUUCCUUGUACAGCUCGACUGGAACGAUCUCUGUUGGCACAGGAGCUUCUGGGACCUCGACCUCUUUGAAACUGUCGCAUUCAUGCGUGGAUAUCCUUUACUCGACAUUGAGUGGGACCUGAACCCUUUCAACCGCUGUAGUCACUCUAACCACUCCAACCGUCCUGCUUACUCCGGCCGCGGCGACCGCUCCGACGCACCUGACGAAGAAGAAGGAACCGAAGAAGAAGACGAGGACGAAGACGAGCCCGAGGAGGCGCAGCCAGAGGAGGGACAAUCUGACGAAGCACAACCUGAGGAAUCAGAAUUGGAGGAAGCAGACUCUGAGGAAGAAGAGAUAGCGAUUCCGCGUCAUUCUGCUCGAGUCACUUUCAGUGUUGACGAUAUAAACAUCGACGCGCCCCUGUCAAUACUCAGAAAAUUGGAGGAUGAGUUGUACGCGAAGGUGGCUUCUGUUGAUCUGUCCUUAUCUGUCAGGCCACCUUUAGAUGAGAAGUUCAGUGCCGGUCUAGUAGCCUAUCUUGACAUCGCUCUGAUGGCGGACUUGUCGGUCCUGAGGAACAUGGACGUGCGACAAGCCGAAAGAGUGGUCUCCGCCGAGCUUGAGAUCUUCAUGCCAGACGAGAAACAGAGAGAGGCCAACAUGGAAUCAGCGGUGUUUGUCAAUAUUACUGGAAAAGCACGAGCUGAGCAGCUGUCAUGGAAUAGUCGUUCGCGGCCCGGACGGCAGGAACACGUGGGUGAUGAUCUGACUGAACUUGGAUUCCCCGGCAAAUACAAGCUCCUCAAGGUGCGAAUCGCCUGGCAAGACUGA